AGGUGAUUCGUGUGACAGCUGCUCUGGUCCUCAGAAACCUGUGUCGAAUGGCUCCCUCCACUCACUGUCAGAUAAGGAGACAUGAACACAGACUCAGUGAAGUGGCUCUGUCUGACAGAGAAGCUGCUCACGCCAUUACAGAGUGUCUCACCUAUUUAAACCUCCCUCCUCCUUCUCCACCCUCUCUCACUGCUAACCCUCAUGAUAAUGCACUGUCACACAUCAUCAGUUGGCUGAAAACUCAUACAGCUCUCCCUAAUGAUUGUAUUAUACAUUAAGUCUUCCAACC